UUGUUAGAUCUGAAGAGAAUGAUUGAGAACGUGACUGGAAAGUCUGCCCUGUGGGAUUAUGGCUUCUAUGGCUGCUACUGUGGUUGGGGUGGCCGAGGGACCCCCAAGGAUGCCACUGAUUGGUGCUGUUGGCUGCAUGACCAUUGCUAUGGAUGGCUGGAGCAGAAAGGCUGCAACGUCCGGACCCAGCCAUACAGAUACAGAAUUGUACGGGGCUUGGUCACCUGUGAGUUUGGACGCUCCUGCCAGGCACAUCUCUGUACCUGCGACCAGAAGUUUGUCAACUGCCUGCGGAGAAACUUAUGGAGCUAUAACCCCAGCUACCGGUUCUUUCCCAACAUCUUCUGCUCCUAG